CGCUGUCAAACUAUCUCUGCUGUAGCUGUAAACAAGAGCGCAAGUUCUCCAGACACGUCGUUUUAAAACAGUGUGUUCCAUUUAUCUAAAGAGUGAGACAUCUCAUUGUGAAGGAGGAAAAUGGAAGAUGAUACAUUAACGACGUUGAAAAUAUUGAUAAUAGGAGAAAGCGGUGUUGGAAAGUCCAGCCUCCUCUUAAGAUUCACAGAUGACACCUUUGACCCAGAACAAUCAGCAACAAUAGGUGUUGACUUCAAGGUGAAGACCAUUACGGUGGACGGUAACAAGGCAAAGCUUGCAAUAUGGGACACUGCAGGACAGGAGCGCUUCCGAACUCUGACGCCUAGUUACUACCGCGGCGCCCAGGGAGUCAUCCUCGUGUAUGAUGUCACACGGCGAGAAACCUUCACCAAGCUCGACAACUGGCUGAAUGAACUGGAGACAUACUGUACAAGGAACGACCUCGUGAAAAUGCUUGUGGGAAACAAAAUUGAUAAGGAAAACCACGAACUAGACCGGGCCGAAGGACUGAAGUUUGCAAGAAAACAUUCCAUGCUUUUUAUAGAGGCGAGCGCUAAGACCAGGGACGGGGUUCAGUGUGCGUUCGAGGAGCUGGUGGAGAAAAUCAUCCAGACUCCAGGAUUAUGGCAGAGCGAGAACCACGGACGAGGAGUGCAGCUCUCCGACGAAGACGCGGGAACCGGAAGCUGCGGCGGCUACUGCUCUCUGAUCUAGACGACGCACACACACAUACACACACGAUCAAACACACACACACACACACACACACACACACUUAAAUACAAGCAUACACACUCACUUGAAAGAACAGCCUCCCUCCUCAGACAUGAAGGCAGUGGAGGCUUUGCUGUGUCCCCUCCGCUGAGCUGUAAGGGUCGACCGUCCCCACUCUGUACCUGUGUUCACACAGACACUACUUUUUGCACACUUUGUAAAAAAAAAACUUAAAAAAACAACAAUGCUGUGCUAAAACGCCAUAGCAGCUCAGCCUUCCUCUUAAUGACAUUUGAGCAACUUUCUCUCUCUUUGUUUUGUUUUUGAGUUACAGUUUUGUGCAGUUUUGGGACCUUGGUCAAAGUAAUAACCAUUUCUCAGUUUAUACUCUGCAAUUUAAUUUUAACAAGGCAGUGAAGUCCAAUAGUGUCAACCAAAGUUUGUCAGGCAUAUGGCUAAAUCUGUGAAGUAUGAUAAUGAGAAUGGAAACAGUUUUGACCAAGGUUUCUUUCUUGUCUCCAGCAUGCUUUUAUUUUGUGUCCUCGGAGCACCUUGCCUUAGGGAGCACAUCUGUAUCAUUUGCAGGGCUGACUUUUCUCCAGUGUUUGUCUUUCCUCCGCUCUGUCAUGCGCUUGAUCCUGCCCCCCCCCCCCCCCCCCGCUCCCCCUCCUC